AUGGAAGAUGGCACGAGAAGAAGCGUUGAUGAUCUCGCCAAAGCUUUAGAAUGUAUUUUGGACAGUGUCAUCGAGGAAACGGGCCUUUCCACGACGAGUAAAAGUUUGCGAAAAUCCAUUUUUCCUGAAAAACGUAUUAAUUUUGAAGAAAAGAAGCAUAAUUUGACUGCGAAUCAGCUGAAAACGGUCCAAAGUUUGCACAAAUUCGUUUCUUCGAGCAGUUUUCAACAGAAUACGGGCUCAACGUUUGUUUUUCGUUUCAUUUUAUUUUUUUUAAAUUUUAUUUUUAGGUCAGCAAUAUCUGGCACAAUAGCCUGUUGUGACGGAUUUAUAUCUGAAUGGGAAAAUGCGGGCGGAAAAUCGGCGGCGGUUCAACAAUUGGUUGCAUUAUUGCAAAAGGCCUCAUAUCAGAGUUUGUUCAUUUUUAAAUAUUUUAUUUAAUUUCAGAAAAUAAAAAUUGAGGGUUUCAUUUUGAAAAAAAUGCCCUUUUUGUUUUUGAAAAAUAAUAGGAAAAAAAGAAAAAUUGUGCUAAAAAGUUUUUGUGUUUCUCCGCUCAACGUUUGAGUAGAAAAAUUGAGAUUUGAUUCAUUUUUUUCUAUUCAAAUUCAGCUCCUAUCGGAUUUUUACCUACUUCAGGCGCUUCUCUGGUCAACCGAAGACAUUUCUACAGGUCGUUUCGUUCCAGAACUUCCCCCAGUACCUUACGAAGUCGACGAAGAUGAGGGAAUUGCAGUGAAAAUUGUGAUUUUUUCUCGUUUUCUGCUCAAAAAGACGAAAAUUUCGAAGAUUUUUAGCGUUUUUAACUGAAAAAAUGAAUCAAGAAUGAUAAGAUUGUGCCAGUUUGUUGUAUAUUUCAUAGAAAAAAGUUGUAUUUUUGCAGUUUUUAUGUUUUAAAUCGAGAGGUAAAAGGCAAUAUUUAAAAUUUACAGCUUAGAAAUUGCUUAAAAUCGUUAAAAUGGCUCCAAUUUUUUCUAAGACAGGAUGUUUUUUGUAUAUUUUUCAGGUAUAACUGUAGUUUUUGUGAUUUUUUGGGAUUAAAUAUAAGAAUAUAGAGAAGAUUUGAACUUUUUCGAGCAGUUAUGACUGAAAAAGUACAUUAAAAACUUAAAAAUGGGCCAGUUUUUUUUAACCUAACAAUGCAGAGCAAUUUGCAGUUUUCUUCAAAUUUAAAGUAUUAAAUAAUUGCUCAAGCUCCGCCCCAAAUUGAGUCAUAAACCAAUCAGAAAGCGAGCCAUCCACUGAGCCUUUUUAAUGACGUCAUAAAAUUCUUGAAAUUCAAAAUUUGAACAGGGCCAUUUUUUUCAGUGAAAAAUUGAUGGAUUUUUACUAAUUUUUUUCAAAAAUUUUUUUAUUUCUCGAGUUUAGGUCCGAAUAGUCCGACGGGACGAUCCGCUCGGCGCCACGAUAAAAUGCGACGGCGGGAAAGUUUAUAUUGCACGGAUCAUCGCUGGCGGAGUCGCCGAUCGUAGUGCUUGUAUUCAGGUGGAAACCAUUCAGAAACCAGAAAAAUUGGAAAAGAAAAAGAAACAAAAAUAGUUUUUCAAUCCAUUUCUACAGUUUCAGAUGUGCAUAUCCUUUUUUGAUAAUGUUUUGGCCUUGGAAAAUCAAAAAAUUCAGGAUUUUUUGUGAAGUGUAGCCUCUGGGACCUUGGUAACGUGUCUGAGCGAUUCUAGGGAUCACUUAAGGGAGCUGACACCACUAAAAUGGUCACUAGAAAUUUCCGGAGCAGGUUACCAAGGUCCCCGAGAUGAUAUACAAUCUUUUAAGCAGUUUUUAAAAGCGUAGAAGAGUUAAGAAAAGCGUUGAAAGCUACAUUUUUUUUUUGCAACAUUGGUUAGAUAUUUCUAUGCUCCUUUAAACAUCCAAAAAAGGAUAAGCUUAAUAACACCAGAGUGGUCCCUGUAGGGGCAAGGGGAAAAGAGCCCUUAUAAAGUUAAAAGUAGAUGGUUUCUAUAGUGGUUCAGGGGCUAUGAGGAUGACUGACUAAAACCCCUAAAGGGACCGCUUUUGGAAGUUUAGUGACUCCAUAGAGGUCGGAAAAGUGGUGUCUAGAGGGGUUAUGAGCAUGACUGACUAAAACCCCUAUAGGGGACAUUUUUGGAAGCUUUAGAGGUCCUUAGAGUGGUGUCUAGAGCAGUUACGAAGGUGACCGACUAAAACCCCUUUAGGGAACAUUUUCGCAAGCUUUAGUUGUCCCUAUAGGGGCCGGCAAAGUGAUGCCUUGAGGGGUUAUGAUGGUCUCCGACUAAAACCCCUAUAGGGACCACUUCUGCAACCCCCUAUAGGGGUCAGAAAAGUGAACUCUUGAGGGGAAUUUUCGGAGGCCCUUAGAACUGCCUCUGUAGGGGCCACUCUGAGGUUCCUAAGAGUCUCAUAAGUUUUUUAGUUUCAAUCGAUUAUUCCAAAUGAGCAGUUUGUUUUGUAGAUAGAGGAUUUUGCAGGAAGGCGACCGGGUGCUGGAGGUGAACAACGUGAGCGUGGCGGACAAGACGGCCGACGAGAUCGUCGCCCUCCUGAAUCGCUGCGACGGCGGCUGCGUCACCUUCAAACUCAUCCCCGCCGAAAUCUCCAACCCACAGAAUAAUCAACCCGAUCAGUCGCAUAUCCACCUCAGGGCUUUGGUAAGGCCCGUUGCUCUUCCCGGGCUUGAAACGGCGGGCGCUUUUCGGGACAUUUUUUGGCGCGAAUUCGCUUGAAAAUGCUGGUUUUCUCUGGGCCCUCCUUGUCUAUCAGCGACCCUCUCAUGUUGCCAUGCUAUUUCUACGUUUCUCGGACCUCGGAAGUGAGGGAACAGAGAGACGCAGACAGGCAGAAAACUGUCAAGUCAAAAUGCCAUGCGAAUAUUUUCAAAACCCCGCCGUUUCGAGCCGAAAAUGAACUGUAAAAACUUUAAAUUCGCGUUUUUAAUAUUUCAUUUUUGUAGUAUGACUAUGACGGCUCGAAAGACACCAGACAUCCCUGUCCCGAGGCCGCCUUGGCCUUCAGAAAAGGCGACAUUCUGGAGCUUCUCGUGUGCAACGACGAGCAUUGGUGGCAGGUAGAUGAUCGAAAAAGCUGCGAAAAAUUAGGAAAUUAGAGCUUUUUGAGCCUUUAUUUGACUUUUUUGAACAGAAAAUCGAUAACUUUGAGCAAUAAAGAAGAUUUACUCACUGUUUUGAUCUCAACUUGGUUUUUUCUUUAGGAAACGGUUUUUUUGUGAUUUUUCAGUUGAUUAUCUUCCGAGAAAUCCCCUCCCUUCGAAGCAGUUCCACUAUUUUUAUCCUUGGAGCGCAUUUGACUAGGAUCAUGUGCAUUUUUAACCUUUUUCGAGUAUUUUUGCAGCUUUUUCGUAUAGAAAGUCGUGACUACUUUUUCAAAAAAGCGAAUAUUUUAGGCCAGGAAAAAGCGAAUUUUCAAUCAAAAAAAGAAGAUUCUCAAUAUUCUCUCGUCAAAUUUGGUUGUCCGUUUUUUUGAAAACGGAUUUCUCUAAUUUUUUAGUUCAUUUUCCGCCGAGAAUUUCACUCUUUUUGAAGCAGUUUUCCCUGUUUUUUUAUCUUUGGAGCGAAUCUGACGAGAAAAUGUGUUUUUUUCGCAACUUUUUAUAUAGAAAUUUCGGCUGUGUUUUGAAAAAAAAAAGCAAAUAUUUUAGGCCAGAUGCCUGGGAAGCGGCGCCCUGGCCCAUGGUGAAGAUCGGAUACUCAGUGCGGCUCAUGCUGGUGAAUAUUUGCGCUCGAGACCCGAUAAAUUCGAAUAAAAAACUUUUUUCGCGACAAAUUAUAGUUGAUUUACGGUUGUCUUAAGCUAUUGAAAAAUGGGUCCUGACACGAUUAGAUAGUACAGAAAUUGUGGAGAGCCCAGACAGGUCACGCCUUUUUGAGCUUCAAGAACCAGCCUUAUUUAGGAAUUUUUGAGCGAUCCCUGUAGGGGCAAGCUUUAGGCUCCUUUCUAAGGCACCCCUAAAGGGACCCCUGAAACUUGCAAAAGUGGCCCCUAUAGUGAACAUGCUAGGCGAUUAUUGUUGUGAUGAAUUUAUCAUGUUUGACUCUUAAGUAAGUUUUCAAAUUAAAUAAACCCCUCUAGGGACCACUUUACCUGCCCCUAUAGAGACCACUGAAGCUUUCAUAAGUGACCACUCCAGGGGAGCUAGUUGUUAAAUUAGUCCGGUUUGUCUUUGUAAUUUUUAAAAUAUAAAAACUCGAAAGACCCCUAUAGGGACCUCUGUAGCUUCCCCUAUAGGGGCUACUGAAGCUCACAUAAGUGAUCACUCUAGGGGUGUUAGUCGUUAAAUUUUUCUUCUUAUUUAUUUAUUUCUUAAUGGUCAGAACAAAGCAAAUAAUUAGGGUACGUAAUUUUUCAAAUCUGAAAAAGACCCCUAUAGGGACCACUCAGGCGUUUCCAAAUAGCUUUAGGAAAGGAUCCUCGAUAGUUUUACAGCUUUUUCCACCAAUGUUGUUUUCGCCCUCAAAGUGAUCCCUUUAGGGAACGGCGUCGGAUUACUCCGAGUCGGACUGAUACCUUCAGAACUCCUACAACAGAAGACAAAACAGGCCGAAGAGAAGAAAACCCCGUCGAAAAAUUGCUCAGAAGUGAGAUUUUGAAGAAGACACUUCAGGGGUUUGUUCAAAAUUUUAGAAAUGAAGAAUUUUAAGGACGAUUUGUACUACGAAUCGGUGUGCAGAUGGACGAACAGGACGAAUUUGGUCAGGCCCAUUGUUCUGAUUGGUCCGCCAGGUGUUGGGAGGUAAUAACUAGGAAAAAAAGCCAGAAAAAAAUAGUAAAGUGAAAAAGUUAAUUUUCGAAAAAUGUAGCUCAAAAAUCGACGGAAAAGUGCUUUCUAGAAUUUUUCAAUAAUCGUGCUUAGGAACUCCAGAGUGAUCCCUAUUGGUGCAACCUCAAGGGCCUUCAAAAGUUUCCUCUAGGGACCAUUCUAUUAUAAUGCCGUGUUCAAAGUAAUUUCCGCGAAAUGCAAAAUGACCUCUGACUCUCCAAAAUUUAGUGAUCUUUUCCUUUCUCUAACGGGUGUUUUGCAUUUCGCGGAAAUUACUUUGAACACGGCAUAAAAAUCGUUUUCAUGCGAAAAUUUUGAUUAAUUAAGAUUCUUGAAACGAAAAAUAGCAACGGAGAAUGAUAUGAUCACGUUUUUUUAAAGCCUGAACGAAAAAUUGAAAAAUCCCUUUAGAGACUACUUGAAAUUUAGGGACUUGGGGAUUCUGAACCCCUAUAGGGACCACUUGAUUUUUUUAGCCCUCUCAAAAUCAUUAAUUUUGUUCCCUCAAGGGGACUAUUUUCUCCUUAGUCCCUAUAGAGACCACUCUGGCGUUUUAUAACGAGACUUUUCACAGUUUUCUUCUUGUUGCUUGCAAAAAAUGAGGGUUUUUGGGAUUCUGUCUACUUUUUCAAUUAGAUUCCGACCCUGCAUCAUUGAAGGGACCACUUGAAUUUCAGCUCUCUAGGCAUUAUUUUGUUCCUUUUAGGGGGCUGUCUUUCUCUAACCACUUUAGGGACCACUAUGGCGUUUUAUAGUGAGAUUUCUCUGCAAUUUUCUUCUUGUUUAUAGAAAAAAAAAUGAGCAUUUUUCUGAGAUUGUGUCUAUUUUUUCCAACAAGUGUUCCGACCCUGAAUCCCUAUAGGGACGACCUAAAUUUUAGCCCUCUAGGGAGCGUUAUUUCGUCUCCUAUAGGGACUAUUUCCUCUAACCCCGCUAGGGGCCACUCUGGCGUUUCUAAGUGAUAUUUUUCCGGGAUUUUCUUCUUGUUGCUAGCAAAACUUGAGGAUUUUUCUGAGAUUUUGUCUGUUUUUUCAAUUAGGGAUCCGACCCUGAAUCCCUAUAGGAACCAAUUAAAUUUUAGCUCUCGGGGGAGCACUAUUUUGUCCACUAUAGUGGCUGUUUUUGCCCUAACCCCUCUAGGGACCGCUCUGGUGUUCCUAAGAGAGAUUCUGGAAUAUUAUUCAAUUCGGUAGCAAAAUGAGGGUUUUGAAUAGUUUUUUUCAAGUUUUCCAAUUAGAGGUUCGACCCUAACCCCUAUAGGGACCACUCUGGCGUUCCUAAGAGAGAUUCUGGAAUUUCAUUAAUUUUGGUAGCGAAAUGAGGAUUUUUCUGUGAUUUUCUUUAGUUUCCCAAUCAGAGGUUCGACCCUAUAGGGAUCACUCAAUUUUUAGCCCUCUAGGGAGCAUUUUUUCAUAGAUUUUGCCUAUUUUUCCGGUUUUUCUUGCUUACCAUAGAGUUCUUUAUUGACUUUAUAGUAUUUUUUAUUCAGAAAUGAACUGAAAAGACGGUUAUUAAUGUUGUUCCCUGAGCGAUUCUCAACGACGGUCCCUCACACGACAAGGCCUCCUAGGUUUUUUUCCGAGAUUAUUGUACCUCGAAUGAGAAAAUUGACCUUGCAGACCUGGAGAAGUUGAAGGAGUCGACUAUUAUUUUGUGGAACGAGGCGAAAUGGAGGAAAUGAUCGAAGAGGAUCAAAUGCUCGAGUUUGGAGAGUUCCGAGGUGAUUUUUCGGGGUUUUACUUGGAAAAGGGGAUGUUGGAAAUAUUUUUCGACAUGUGGAAAAUCAAGUUUUAGCAUUUUAAAAAGCGGGAAGUUCGAAAAAUUCAGUUUAUUUCACUUUUUCGUGACUAGAAAAACGAGUUUUUAAAACUAUUUUAUGCCUUGACCACAUUUUUUUUUUUGACCCACUAGAUUCAAUGGAAAUCGAGUUUCUGCGGAAAAUUCUAGUGGCCACUUAAGAAAUGGAAAGGACGCUGAAGCCCCUAUUCUACAUCUUAGUGGUCACUAUAGUAGUUUGAGUAGCCCCGUAGUACCUCUUAGACUUCUUAAGGAACCGCUAAUUUUCAGCCACUAUAUCUACCACUAUAGUGGUCACUUAAACGCUAAAACCCCAAAGUGGCCACUAAAAUUGUGCCAAUUUAGCACUUUGAUAACGGGAAAAUUCUUAAAAUUCACUUGAUUUUUUUUUUUCCAAUCCGAGGUUAAAACUUCAAUUUUUAAAGGUUUAUUAGCUGCCUGAUGAAAUUUUAAGUGGCCACUUAAAAAGGUCCCUCAAGGACUACUUGAAGACUUUGCGUCUUAAGGGGCCACUGUAGUUAUUUUCAGUUUAGGCUCAAUUUUUACUUAAGGGAUUACUAAUUAGGCUACAAUAGUGACCACUAAAAAGUCAAAACCCUAAAGUGGCCACUAAAAAUUUCUUCAGGUUCAUAUUAAGAAACGCAUAUUUUGCCAAUCCAUGGAGUUUAAAAUCUAGUUUUCAAAGAUUUAUUAGCUUUUUAUGUAGCAAAGUUUAGUUGAUUUUUUUUUCAUGUAGUUCAAAAUUCAAUUUUUAAAGAUUUAUUAGCCUUUUAUGAUUGAACCUGCUGCAAAAUAACUAGAAAAGAACCGCAAAAAACGAUCCUGAAGCUUAAACUUUUUUACGGUUUGUAUCACGUCUCUGAAAGAACUUCUCCUCAGGAAACUUGUACGGAACGGCGCUUUCCGCCGUGAGGAAGGCCCGAGAAAAAGCGACGCCUCUUUUGACACCACAUCCCUUGGCUUUGAGGCACCUCAGAACUGCGGAAUUCUCGCCGAUCCUCAUUUUUGUCCAGCCGCCAAGCUUUGAAGUCUUCAAGGUUUGUAGAACUUCAAACAAAGGGUUUUUUGGAGUAGGUAGCGACAUUUUUUUUCUUCUGGAGUUGGAAUUCUCAAAAAAUUCGGUUAGUUAGAGGUUUGAUUUUGUUUUUUUCAGAUAAAAAUCGGACUUUGAUAACGAGAACCAGGCGUUUUUGAGCGAAUCUAGGGAUCGUUUAAGAGUUCUUAAGAUACUAAAGUGGUCACUUGAAAAGUCCCUAAACGUCCGAUUCGCGUUACCAGUGUCCGAGAUAACGUUAAUCUUCAGUUUUUCGUUUCACUUUGAUUUUUGUUUAUCUAGUCAGACAACUGGUUUCCUGAGCUGCUUCUACUCGAAUCUUGGUCUAUCCUCAUGUUUUUUAUAAAGUUUUACUUGCUCCGAAAGAAAAAGCCGCUAAAACGUUGCACUUUUAUACUAACCUUCACGAAAUAAUCGGGAAAAGAACGUAAAUAGAACUGUCAUUUACAAUAAUUUUCUUCCAAAGAGCUUUCUGGAAUUUUUCUUAGGUACACUAAGAUCUGUUUCAAAAGGUUCUUUUUUUCCCGCAGUGGUUUUGGGAGCUUUCAAACGACUAGAAAACCUUCGAAACCCUGUUCUGAAGAAACUCCAAACUCUUGAACGAUUCAGCUACUCUUUCCAGGAGUCCCGAGAAGCUUUCCGAGCGCGAAUGGCUCGCGGAUCCACCGCCUCGCCUGGCCCGACCAGCCGCGGUUUCACGGACGCCGAAGUCCGUCAGGUGCUCACCAACGCCGCCAACCUGGAACACGCCUACGGGCACAUGUUCGACGCGAGACUGGUCAACGCCAAUCUGGAGGAUUCCAUGAGCAAUCUCAUCAAACUGCUCCAUUCAUUAGAGUCCAAGCCCACUUGGGUCCCUUUGAGCUGGGCGACGAAAUGUGUCGAUUGA